UUAGGUCAUGCAAUCUUCAUCUUUGUGCCGGUGGAAAUUUUGGAAGUAGAUGUUAAUUCCCCCCACCAAGUCCCCCCACUGCCAUUUGACUGGUGCACACCCUAGUAGCUCUUCUGCACCACAUCUUCUGUGCAGCUUGGGGGGGGGGAUUCCCAGCCGGAGCUGUCUGAGAGACAGAGUGAGAGGGAGAGCAAAGAGGAGAGGGAGAGAGUAGCUCCAGCAGCCGACGCCGAAGCUCUGCCCACUCUACUGCAAUUGUGGGCACAGCGGGCAAGAGAAGGGAUCCCAAACGGGCACAUGGAGCCACGUCGAGGCCCGGCUGGGAUCCUUUGCACUCUGUGAGGCUUCUGGUCAAGUUGGGGUAGAUGGAUGUGAAGCACGGCCAGCUGCCCAUUGGUGGCUUCGAGCAUCUGCAGCUGAAGGGUCGCCUGGAGCCACCCGGCCCGGCAGUCACUCGCAUGGGCAACACCGUCUACAGCACCGUGCAGCAGCAGGACUACUCAGCCAGCGUGUGGCUCAGCAGGAGGGACAAGCUCGAGCACUCUCAGCAGAAAUGCGUUGUGAUCUUCGCACUAGUGUGCUGCUUCGCCGUGCUGGUGGCCCUGAUUUUCUCUGCUGUGGACAUUUGGGGGGGAGAUGAGGAUGGCAUCACAGAGGACAACUGCAGCACCAAAUGCCGGAUAGUCCUGGUGGAGAAUAUCCCUGAGGACAUCACCUUUUCAGAAAACGGCACAAGCAGCACGCCUCUCUCCGUGGGUCUGCACAAACUCCUGGACCUGGCCACCCGCUCGGUUGAGAUUGUCUCUUCCCACUGGGCCCUGACCUCAGCAGACCUCGAGUCUGGUUUUUCGGGUGCUGAGCAGGGUCACUAUUUGUUUCAGCGGCUCUUGGACCUCAAGUCCCGCCAGGUCAGCCUGAAAGUGGCCAGCGGUCCCACCAACUCCUCAGAGCUGCGGAAACUGUCAGACAAAGGCGCGGAUGUCCGCUACCUGAACAUGAGCGCUCUGACAAGGGGUCACCUCCACUCCACCUUCUGGGUCGUGGACCGGCAGCACAUAUACAUCGGCAGCGCCAACAUGGACUGGCGCUCAUUCUCCAAGAUGAAGGAGCUUGGAGUCGUCUUGUACAACUGCAGUUGCCUGGCACUGGACCUGCACAGAGUGUUCAGCUUGUAUUCUCAGCUGCAGUAUAAGGACUAUCUGCCGUCCAUCUGGUCCAAGAGGUUGACUGCUCUGUACAACAAGGAGGAUGUCCUCAAACUGCAGCUCAAUAGCACCAAGGCCGAGGCCUACGUGUCUAGCUCCCCGGAUGCUUUCUGCCCCAAAGACCGGACGAGAGACAUUGACGCCAUAUCCCAUGUAAUCCAGGAGGCCAAGCGCUUCAUCUACAUAUCCAUCACCGAGUACCUGCCACUCAUCAACAGGAGCCUGUACAGAUACUGGUCGCGUAUUGACGAGAUGCUCCGGGAGGCUUUGAUCUUGAGGGCCAUCAAGGUGCGCCUCCUGAUCAGCUGCUCGAAGCAGACGCACCCCCUGACCUUUAACUUUGUGUGGUCCCUGAAGACACUGUGCAUGGAACUGGCCAAUUGCACCCUGCAGGUGAAAUUCUUUAAUCCCAGGGAACAGAAGGAUGGUACCCAACUUGGAAUUAAUCACAACAAGUUCAUGGUGACUGAUAGCUCAGUGUAUAUAGGCAACUUUGACUGGGUGGGAAAUGAGUUUCUGUACAACGCGGGUGUAGGACUGGUGAUCAGCCAAGCGGAGGGAGUGGAGGAGAGGAACACCACCAUCGUGGAGCAGGUGAAAGCAGCCUUUGAGAGGGACUGGUACUCCCGCCACACCAAGAGCUUACAGGCCAACAAGAUCCCCGAGUGCGGCAAACAUAGAGUUGGCCAGCCAGCUGCUCUCAAGGCCCAGAUGGACGUCGUGGAGGGCAGGGAUGCCAGCAGCGCUUCUUUGUGAACCCUGGCUUUUUUUCACACACCCAGUGGCCGGCGUCUACCGGCCAUGGAAAGCGAAAUCCAUUCUGAAAGUUCUUACAUAACACCACUCCGUAAAACCCAAUUCGCCACGAGAUUCAUUUGUUUUAAUAGCUUAGCGAGGUGCUUAAUUUAGGAGGAUUUGUCAUGUUUUCCUUGCCCUUAAUGAAGCAUUUCAAAAUUAAAUAUUAAAGUUCUCUUUGACAAACCAAAGAAGGGCAUUUAAGGUAGUCUAUUUGUUUCCUAAGUUUAAAAUUCACUUAUGAAUCAAAGUUUUUUUUUUUACAUGUAACAUAGAUUCAGUAAUAGGUUGUUCAUUAAACAGCUAUAAUUCAAUAUAAAGAACCAUUUUAUAAAUGAACAGGUCUGCCACUAUUGCAUAAAAUACAAUUUAAGUUUGAGAUUCAUCGACGGUGCUCUAAGCAGAUCCAAUUUUUGGAGUGUUCAUCUUUCCAGGCAGAAAGCAUUUGGGUGAUAAACAAAGCGAAGUGCUUUUCCGUACCCAAGACCCUUUUGUUGUCAAGGUUAAAUGAGUAAAAGGGGAGGUUUGCUCUGACAGUGGAUUUUUCACUAAAAAACACCUGAUCAAAUAAAAGUGGUUGUAAAGGCAAUCAAUAGCCCUUUGUACGCUUAUGACAUUUACCCUGAGUAGUUUAUGUUAGGAUCCACCCUUCUUUGCACAAAUGUUUAUUUACUGCCUACCAUUUGCCUUACUACUCGUUUCAAUAUUGAUUGCUACAGGUGUGUCGUAGGGAUAUUUGCCAGAUAUUUCUAUGUUAAGCAGAUAACAAAAGCAGGCCUUCUUCGGUAUCAUGGUGUGAAUUAAACCAACGUGGUCCUGCGAUAUUAUGAGCAUACCAGACCGAUUGGCUGUCGCGAAUUGCUUAAUUCCUCAUAUGUAUUUCCUUAAGAAAACAACUGCUUAAAAAACAGUUGGCACAAGCCAAGUCAAAACAUUUUAAAACUUCAUCUUGAUAAUUAUACUAAAGCAUUUAUAUUACCAAUUUUUCAUUAGGUAUUGAGUGUUAUUAAAGGUAAAUCAGUUUAUAUGUUUCCGAAGACACAAUUUCAUUCAUUUCCAUAUGUGGCUUCUGCCCUAAUAUUACAAUGGCAUUUCACAUAGUAUUGAAUCCAGUUUACAACUUGAUUUCUUGUUUCGGAAUUUGGUUAAAGACAAUCAUGAAGGUGCAUUUAUUCUUAACUUAUCUACCCGGAAAACAACCGUGAUCCAUUCGGACCUGCAUGUUUGCAUAUUGAUAUUUAUUAUAUACCGUAAUUAAAGCAUUUUUUUUUUGUAUGCAAGAAGUACUGCAAGAACAAUGAUUUUCUACUGAGCAUUAUUGAUAUUUGUGCAGUAAUUUGGAGCCUCAUGUUUUAUAUUUUUUGUACGAAUUUGAAGAUACUUUUCCAUCACCAUUCAAGAGCCACGUUCACCAGAUGGAUCAGCCACAGUUUUGCAUGGUGAAAAGUAAGGAUGGUGUCACGUUUAUCAUGGUCAUGUAGCUAGAGACAAGGACCGAUAUCAGAUGUGUGGCUGAGUGCUGCCAAUGCAUGAAUCGCUGCUAUAUGACUCGUUUAGUUAAAUUAGAUAUCACCCUACUACCUGCUCCUGCCAGUUCAUUGAUUGUUUUUGUAAUCUGACUAGCUUGACCUUUUCAAUACUUUUGAGGCUGCUAUGUUAUGGAACUAUUAUGGCAAUAUAUGAUGUUAUUUUAUUUUUGAUGCAUGUGUAUUUAUAUCAAAUAAUAAUUGUAUUAUCUCUAAUCAGAAGGGUCACAAGGACUAUUUCUAAUGGUGGGGGAGACAUGGAUGUAAUUGUAGAUGCGCAUAGAUAUGUUUUAAAUUGCUUUUUUAAACCAAAGUUCAGGGGGACAGAAAACAGCAAUCGCAGCUGUCACUCGCAAAGGCUGCUUAGCCAGCACUCUGCAAGUGUUUGUGGGCUAACGGCCACCCAGUCACUGACAGGUGUGCAAAACUACAUUCCCAUUUACCCAAGCAAGUGUCGUCCAGCCACACGUUGGGACCCUCAAGGUAUUUUUUUAAAAAAAGGCUGCCAACUAGGCUGAAGUUUUGUGCCUGCGUGGAAAAUAAGCGACUUCGAGUGCAUUCUGACACAUUCCAGCUAAUUGAAUGUCAUCUACAGCUACUCCACCAUUUGAUUUUGUAUUGGAUGCCACUGAACGAGCAUCUAUGUUUACCUGAUGUAUAGAAGCAAGCUGCAGUUCUUUCUAAUCAGGUGUUGUCCAGUACGGCGUAUUCAAAUAUGAUUUGUUACUGCCACCUAGAGGCAAAAAUAUGUACUUACGUACUAAUAGCAUGCCAAGAAAGUCGAGAGUUUUGCCAUUGAGAUUCUGUAUGUUAAUAUCCGUACUACCUACAUAAGGAUGGAAAUGUAUGAAAUUGAACUAACAAGUCUAGUGAAUAUCAGCAAAUUAACUUUGUCCAAAAAAAAAUGAAAAUUAUACAGAAUGCUUUGUACAAUUGCCUAAUUCUGUGACUAUCUGCCAGGUCUUUUUAAACUUAAUCAUACGAAUGAUCAUAUACAAAUGAGUUGCAUUCAAUUGUCAUUCGGUCCGCAGCUGCUGGUCUGCUUUACACUGAUUUAUAUAUGUAAUCUAACUGAUGAAUGCUGGCAUUGUGUGUAUGAAAUAUUUAGGGAAACAUGUUUGCUUAAUGGAAAAAAAAACUUACACUUUUCUUCAGAAUUACAGUUGGAGCAGUGAAAGUUGAGGACAACCAUUCCAUUAUAUUACUGUAGUGCCACCGAGUGAAGCAUGAGGGCGUUACAAUGAAAGACUUGCUAUUGUAUGUAUAAAAUAUCAGUUUGCGAAACAGAUUACUCAAAUCUAGAUUAAUUUAUUACUAUGCAUUGUAUCGGCUUUAUAAUAGAUGAAUUACUAUUUUUAAAAUCACAUUUUCUCUACCUUGGCACACUCCCCUUGGCAUGGCUUGCCUUUGAUUUGUUUUGUUUGGCUUUGUUUUUAUUUAAGAAUGUAAAAGAAUGUUUAUUUAUUGUAUAAAAGUAUGUAGGAAAAAAACCUGACUAAUUUCAUUUCUAUUGUUAAUUAAAAAAGAUAUAUAUAAAGAUA